AUGAGAACAAUAAACCAAAGCGAUCUUUUAAUUACCUCCUCAGUGGGUGCUUACAAAUUAGACCCAAAAGAGAAUCAAAGACUCAUAAUAAGAGACAUUUGUGGAAUAGUUCAAGUUGGUGUUCUUGGUCUUUUAUAA